AUGUCAGACUCGGCUGAUUGGAGGGCUGUACUUACGGCCUCGGAACGAUAUGACAACAUCCAGAGGCUAACCAAGGUACUGGCUGCCUCUGGAGGUGGUGCGUUUAGCUUUGAGGAUGAAGCUUACAAGACAUCUACCAGCAGAGAAGAAUAUGAUUCCGCCUGCAAUCCACCACCAUCCUCUCCGCCAUACUCACCACCAGAAGGUGUCACUACUCCUGCAAGUCCCGGCAUCAAAAUAGGUAGCUAUGCCAACUGUCACUACAUCGAUGACGGCGCCACCUCCCAAGUCUAUCGCUCCGAUACCUACGCCCUUAAAGUCAUUGUCGAAACCAACAUCGCCCCUCACAACCCCCGCCUCGAAGCUAGGCUCUUGUCGUCCUUGUCCCACGAGAACAUCAUCAGCCUCAUCGAAACAUUUUAUGACCAAUCCACCCGCUUCGUUCUCGUCUUCCCUUACAUGCCUCUGACUCUCAACCGGGUUCUCGAGCAACACACCGAAUCCAACACCACCCUCUCAUCCCGACAAACUAACCACAUCUUUGUCGCUCUAUUCUCGGCUUUGGAUUACUUACACACCCAAGGCAUCAUCCACCGGGACAUCAAACCCUCCUCUCUGCUUUUAUCCUCCCCCUUCUCCGCCUCAUCUCCCGACCCCAGCAUCACACUGAUAGACUUUGGCACAGCCUGGUCACCCGAGCACUCACCGCCAACCGAACCAGCGGAUAACAAAAUCCUCGACAUUGGCACAAGCCAGUACCGUGCUCCUGAGGUGCUAUUCGGCAACAAGUCGUACACCACGGCGGUGGAUAUCUGGGCUGCGGGCGUGAUGUUGGCGGAGUGUAUCAUGAAGCCGUGUCCCAGGCCGUUGUUUGAAAGUAGGGGUGUACACGAAGAUGGGAACCAGCUCGGGUUGAUAUUGAGUAUCUUCAAGACGAUUGGGAGUCCGACAGAGGAGACCUGGCCAGAGGCAGGGAGGGGCGGGAAGGAGGGGUUGAGGACUGUUCCGUGGGAGAGUUGGAGGGCUUUUGAGAGGAGGGGGUGGGAGGAGGUGCUGCCGGAGGUGGUGGGAGACAGGUGGAGGGAGCUGGUGGGGAGGUGUGUGAGGUAUCAGAGUGAGUGGAGGGUCAGGGCUGGAGAGGCGGUGGAGAUUUUGAGAGGGGGGAAGUGA